UUUUAACAUUUGUGUUUGCCCUAAAAUAAUUUUGGGGGCUUCAUUUUAAAUGUAUUUAUUAAUGUUAUUGCUCAUUUUCAUAGGUUAUGGCCCCGAAAAGCAAUUUACCAAAUAACAAUGGUAAUUGUAAAACUUUAAGUUGGACUAGAGUCAAAGAUGAUGCUCUUGUUGAUGCUUUUAUGCAUGAAUAUGAAAAAGGUAAUAAAGUCAGUGAUAUCUUCGGUGCAACAACAUAUGAAAAUAUUGCAGUUGAACUUACUGCAUUGUUUGGAAACAAAGUUGACAAGAUGGAGAUAAAAAAUCGUUGGAAAACUUUGAAAAGAAACUUCACUGAAUAUUAUGAUAUUUUCAAAGGUGGUAUGAGCGGAUUUUCUUGGAAUUCAACUACACAGAUAUGGGAUGCUGAAUCAGAAGUUUGGGAUGCUUUUAUUGAGUCAAAACCAAAAGCAUCAAAUUGGAAAAAUGUACCAUUUCCAAAUUAUGAAAAGAUGCUGAUACUUUACGAACAUGAAUCUGAAAUUUUAAAAGAGGCAAGAAAACAAAUUUCAUCAAUCACGAAUGAAGACUUUGGUGAAAAUAUUCAAGAAAUUGAUGCACGGGUUGCGCGGAAUGAGAUGACUUUGGAGAGCUUUCAUGUUACUUACGACUUUUCUGCACCUGAAACACAAUUAUCAGAUCUUUCACCUAUAACAAAUGGCGGUAAAAGGACAAAAUUGAGAGUGGUUAAAAAUAGACAUACAACAAAAUCAUUGAACUCCAAGAAUCAAUGAGUGUGGUUGUAGAUGCACAAGAAGGAAUUGGGACAAUAUAAGAAGGAAUAAGAACAUCAAAAGUAUGAAUUGUCUCCAAAGAAACAUAAAGAAAUGUGAAUGUA